ACGGAGCUCCUCCGACUGGGUACGAGUCUGCUCCGUAAGCGCACACAGUCGAGACACGUUGAAAGAGGGAGGUAGUGAGUAGCGUUUAACAUAGUCAAGCGCAGUUUGAGUGGCCGUACACAGCGUGGGAACAAAUCCAAACCUCGAUUCCAGGCAGGUAACCAGCCUCUUUGAGCUUGUUCACCCAUCGACUACCGAAAGAAUGGUGUCCUUCCUACAGCAUAGUGAUCGCACCUCUUUUACAUAGACUCGCAUCGCCGAACUUCCCUCCAUGUCUUUGCAAACCCUCCAUCUGGACGUGCUGGUAGAAAUAUUAACCUAUCUCGAAGUCUGCGAUAUUCUUGCACUGCAGCGUACCCGCAAGGAUAUUAGAGAUGUUACCCGACUUCAUGCAGUGUGGAAGAAUGUCUUGGAAAAGCAGAUAAUCCCCUCUGGCGAAUCACUUUCAUUGCCGUCUGGCGUUCUUCUAUCCGAUCUCUCUGUAGGUGAACUCAAACAAGCCGCAAUAUAUGCAGCACGCCUCCAACGCAACUGGGCAUCUGAAGUUCCAAGAGUGUUUACCUAUACUGAAUUCCCCGUAGCAGUACCCUCUGCUUACGUCCAGAUUGCUUUCCUCUUACCUGGUCAGGGCGGGAAGUACUUAUUGACCAUUAGCGGUGGCAAUGUUGUGUCGAUAUGGCAUCUGGAACCGAAUCUAAGAAGAUCACGGAGGAUUCUAAUCUGGGGGACAUCAGGGGCAAUUGUCAAAGCGGUUCCUAACAGUGACAGUGGAGACCGUGCGACGAUAGCUCUAUCCCACGUUGCGGACCAGCGUGAACAUACGACUCUGUACAAUCUAACCUUUGCUGAGAAUGACAGAGGGAAAACUACAGUGCAUUACGAAAAAAUAUUCGAAGAGGAACUGCCUGGUCGAUUGAAGAUUCUCCGCGGGAACCUGAUCGGGUUGUACAGGGGAUCGAACUUCAGGGGAUAUUUGUUUAAUUAUCGACGCCAGGUAAUGAUAGAACUGAAGGGUGCUCAGCCAAUAACCCGGUUUCGCGGCGCACUUGGAUUCCCGGCCAUGGAAGUUCUCAGUGACUGUGUGAUAAUAAUUCAACCUUUCAGCGUCGAUAUCUUCGCACUUCCUGAUAUCGCAUGGAAUACGGAGCCUCAACUUCCGGAAACAGAUAGUGUGUUCCAAGCACAACUGAUCUCUUCGGCCUUCCUCCCCGAAAUGGUGGAUUGGCAAUCUGGGAUCAUCAUUCCAUACUGUGCUCCAUAUCCCGCACAACGCACAAGUCCUCCCUCUCAACCUAUCUCCAUUCUUGUCCGCGAAAAGAGGGGAAAGCUCCAUAUCAUGAACCAUUUUUACGUUUACAACCCACCGAAGUAUGACCCCAAAUCGCUACGCCUGCACGCUCACCUCUCAAUCACUGCUGCGAGCCCUGGGUCAUUUAUCGAAACCCCCCUUUUCGUGGCCCAACAUCGUGCUGGCGUGCAUCCGCAUUUCUUCUAUGACAUCGUGGCAUCUCCAAGAAGCGGGAGAGGGCUCUGGUUAGAGAAUACCACCUCGCCCGUAAUGAGUCGAUCAUUGGAACGACUUAUCCUCUUCAAUGUGGGUGAAAAUGUUGUGGACGACUUUCCCUUAAGCGAUAUUGGACUAUUCGAUAAUAGCGAGUCCACUUGUAGAGGCGCAAAGGCUGGGGGCAGCAAUGUGCCAGAUGGCGUGAGGAAUUGUUCGUAUUGCUCAUUUGAUGACGGGACUGGGAGGGUGGUUGUAGCAACUCACGAUGGACGCAUUCGCGUUCUGCAAUUUGGCAUUGCAUGAAUCGAUACUGCGAGCGUGGUAAUAGCCCAUAUUAUAAAUUCUUUCAUUUUUUCACUACG